UUGGUGGGCGACGGCGGUGAGGCGCCCAGCGGAGGCCAUUUCCAACGAGCUGGAGGGGGCGAAAGAUGGCGACACCCGUUGGGUGGUCGCAGGGGGGGUCAAGAUCGGUGUGUCUCGCCUUCGAUCAACUGCGGGACGUGAUUGAAUCUCAGGAGGAACUGAUCCACCAGCUGAGGAACGUGAUGGCUCUCCAGGAUGAAAAUUUUGUCAGUAAAGAAGAGUUCCAGGCAGUGGAGAAGAAGCUGGUGGAAGAGAAAGCUGCCCAUGCCAAGACCAAGGUCCUCCUGGCCAAGGAAGAGGAGAAGCUGCAGUUUGCGCUCGGAGAAGUAGAGGUGCUGACCAAACAGCUGGAGAAAGAGAAGCUGGCCUUUGAAAAAGCACUCUCCAAUGUCAAGAGCAAAGCCCUGCAGGAGUCCUGCAAGAAGGACCAGCUCAUCACCAAGUGCAAUGCUGUUAUACGAGGAACAACAGGGCCAGCACACAGACCCUUAACCUCAGUGUUGGAGACCCAAAAGGGAGUGGGGACUGUGGAGAUGUGGAGAGCCAUGUGCUCUCUCAAGGGCUUGGCCCCUUUGCUGCAGGAAUGUGGGCCCAGUGUCUCUGAAAAAGAAACUGGAAACCAGGUUUUAAUGGCAACUUCAUUGAUUUUUUGGUGUUGACAACUGAUUUAAAAUUUUUUAAAGCAUUGUGAAGGCCAAAUAGAACAUGUCUAUAGGCCACCAGUUCUCACCUCUGCUCUGUGCAGUUCCCUGCGGCCCACUUGUUGGCUUAGUUGGUGCCCUGAGUUGUGGGGCACUUUCAGAGUCAGCUACUCAGGAUCUCUAGACCUCAGGAAACUCUUUCAUUUUUCCAAAUGCUGAACUCCGAAUACCCAGUUUUAGAAGUAGAAUAUGAAUUCCAUAUGCAAUAUCUGCUUCAUUAACUGCAGCAGAUCAUAAGUAGGCCAGAGACCAGAGCCCAAGCCAAAGGGAAGUUUAGGCCCCUCCUGGUGGGGUGCCCACCUCCUUGGGCACCCUCACUCCCACCUGCUCACUUAGCCCUCUUUCUCGCUCCCUUGGUAAACACUCACUGGUAAGAGGCCAGCAGACAGUUUCGAUCUGGCCAUUGAGCUGCCAGGCCCCACAGUCCCCACAGCUGACCCAGGGCUCUAGCUAGGGUCUCCUGGAGCCCAGCAGGCAGUCACUGCCUUCAUACCCAAGGCCCCUCGUCUGGUUCCCUAGUCCUUUCCCUCUCACUGGGCAUCCCCUACCUCCCUAAAAGGAACCUGAGGUUCUUUCCUGAUAGAGUGGGAGACAUCUUCUCUCUAGGGCCUGGCUGCGUCUCCUCAGAAUGUCUGGAACCUCUCCUGUGGGGCCCAAGCCUUCACCUCACAGGAGCAGAUCUGGUGACCCUGAGUCUCAUGCUGGCCCGUGGGCCCCUCCAACCCCGCCUUGUGUGGUUUGAGUU